AUGGCCCAACCACGCGUAUUGCUGACUGGAGGGAAUGGCUUCAUUGGCAGCCAUAUCUUGUCCUUCUUCCUUGAGAAAUCUAUCUUCGUCCAGGCCGUCGUGCGAUCCGAAACAAAAGCACACAAAGUCAGGCAAGACUUUCCUGCCUUCGACAAGACCCAGCUCGACCUCUCAAUUGUGCCGGACAUUACAGCUCCGGGCGCGUUCGAUCAAUGCAUCAAGGAUGCUCAACCCCUCGAUGCAAUCAUACACGCAGCUUCGCCCUUUGACUUUUCCACAGCCAAGACCAUUUCCGACUUUAUCGAGCCUGCCGUCCGGGGCACCACCGAAAUUCUGGAGUCGGCAGCGAAACAUGCGCCGGGGUUGAAAAGAUUGGUCAUCACGAGCAGCUUUGCGGCAAUUGGAAAUCCGUUAGAUCUCCAGGGCAACGGCAGGGUAUAUUCUUCUGAUGUCUGGAAUCCCGUGACGAAGGAGCAAGCCCCGACGUUGAAUCUGAGGUUUGGGUACUGGGCAAGCAAGACAUUCGCGGAACAAGCAGCUUGGGAGUUCAUGAAGACGCACAAGCCGAGCUUCGAGCUCGUCGUCCUCAAUCCGCCCCUGGUAUAUGGGCCUCUGAGGCACAGUAUUGACUCGAUGAGUGACCUGAACACCUCGAACGCACCGAUGUGGAAGCUCAUGACAUCGGAGAAGACGGCGCAGGUGCCGGAGGACACGUUGCACAUCAGCGUCGACGUUCGGGACCUUGCAUUCGCGCACUAUCAAGCUGCGUUUGCUCCCGGGGUGGGUAAUCGACGGUACCUUGUCACACCGGGCAGUCACAGGAACCAAGAAAUCUGCGACAUCUUGAGGGGGAAUUUUCCAGAGCUGGAUCAGAAGAUUCCCCUGGGUCAGCCUGGCGAGCAUUCUCUACCUGAAGGGUUCUUCAAGAUCGAUAAUCGCGCAUCUCAAGAGAUAUUGGGCGUAACCUAUCGGCCAUUUGCAGUGACAGUCGCGGAUACGGCGAGAAGCUUGUUAGAGGUGGAAAAGAAGUUGAGCGCAAAGGCAUGA